AGCUGACUUUCAGACACAGUAAUUUUUCUUCUCCAUGGUGGUAAUUAAUUAGUCUUUUUUCUUUUGAAUUAACAAACAAUAUCCAUUCUUUUUUUUUUCUGAUGUAAAUUAGCUGCCAAGACCCAGAAACUCUGACCUCUUGAUGUUCAGCUGUGCAGAUGAGAGAUGCAUGCUCCAAGAGGUGUGUGUGUUCCGGCAGUGUUUGUGUGUAUCAGUGUGUGAAUGGGAGAGAGAAAGAGAGCGAGACAUAGUCCAAGUCCCUAACACAGAGCAUGCCUCUGCGUCCGGCAGCUGGCAAGCAUGAGCUACCCAGCCCUCCUCAGCAGGACCACCAGCAGCAGCAGCAGCAGCAGGGCGCGCACACACAACCGCGCGUGCACACACCACCGUGCGCGCACUCCUCUUACGCACACACCGCAAACGGCAACCAGGGAGCCAGCACCGACAGCGGCAGCAGCUCCCUGGAAGAGGACAACGGCAGCGACAGUAACGGUGACAACGGCAGCGGUGUUCCCGUUCCCGUCUCGCCGGCUUUCCUACCCGGUGCCACUGCACCCAUGGAGGAGCCCACGGGCAACACGGUCGUGAUCCGCAUCGGAAUUCCAGACCUGCAACAGACGAAAUGCAUGAAAUUCAACGUGGACGCUUCCAUCUGGCGCUCCAAGCAGCGGAUCUUGUGCACACUCAACCAGAGCCUAAAGGACGUGCUCAACUAUGGCUUGUUCCAGCCGGCAUACAAUGGCAAGGCUGGCAAGUUUCUGGAUGAGGAGCGACAGCUGAGGGAAUACCCCUUCCCAUCCAUCGCCCCCGUACCUUAUCUGGAGUUCCGCUAUAAAAGACGUGUCUACACUCAGUCCUACCUGGAUGAGAAACAGCUAUCUAAGCUCCACACAAAGGCCAACCUGAAGAAGUUCAUGGAGUAUGUGCAGCAGAGGAGCAUUGAAAAGGUCUCCCGGUUUCUGGAAAAAGGCUUGGACCCCAAUUUCCACGAUCCCGACACAGGAGAAUGUCCUCUGACGCUGGCGGUGCAGCUGGAGGGAUGCGCAGAACUCAUCAAGGUGCUGAAGAGCGGCGGCGCUCACUUGGACUUCAGAACAAAGGACGGUAUCACUUCCCUGCACAAGGCAGUGCGCAGCAAGAACCACACGGCACUCAUCACGCUGUUAGACUUGGGUGCAUCUCCUGAUUACAAGGACAGUCGGGGGCUGACUCCCCUCUACCACAGCUCUAUGGUGGGGGGAGAUCCUUACUGCUGUGAGCUGCUGCUUCACGACCAUGCGCAGGUCGGCUGCGUGGACGAGAACGGCUGGCAGGAGAUUCACCAGUCAUGCCGCUAUGGCCACGUCCAGCAUCUGGAACAUCUUCUGUUUUACGGAGCGGACAUGAGCGCCCAAAACGCUUCCGGGAACACGGCCCUGCAUGUGUGUGCACUCUACAACCAGGACAGCUGUGCUCGGGUUCUGCUCUUUCGGGGGGCCAACAAGGAGAUCAAGAACUACAACAGUCAGACUGCCUUUCAGGUGGCUAUUAUAGCAGGGAACUUUGAUCUGGCUGAAAUCAUAAAGGUCCACAAAGCAUCAGAUGUUGUGCCUUUCCGAGAGACGCCCUCCUACACCAACCGUCGCCGAGCGACGGGCCCCACCCCGUCUCCCCGCUCGCUGCUGCGCUCGGCAAGCGACAACAACCUCAACGGGAACGACGGUGCCCACGCAUUCCGGCAGAUACCUCGAGAGUCUCGCGGACGCCAACAGGGUCAUUCCCCUGUGCCGUCGCUGCGUAGUCUGCCUGCCUUCGGACAGCAGCAGGGAGGCAGCCUUGGGGAGAGUCGUCAUGGUGACUUCCCCGACAGCAGCCUUCAGAGCACGGGCAGCUCCAGGUCCUCUCAUUCCCGCUCGCCUUCCUUGCAUCACUCGCAUGAUGACGACAGACCGGUACCUAGACGUUCCCACAGCCACGGCUAUCCCCAUGGACAUCGGGGAAGACUCAGCCCCGGCUCGGUGCAGCGAGACCCCAGCCCGCCUCAUCACACACCGGCGGCGCUAAUGAGUGCCCGCGGGCCCAAGCGGAAACUCUACAGCGCCGUCCCGGGUCGCACCUUCAUCGUGGUCAAGCCUUACACGCCGCAAGGGGAGGGGGAGAUACAACUCAAUCGGGGAGAGAGGGUCAAAGUGCUAAGCAUCGGAGAAGGAGGCUUUUGGGAAGGCAACGUCAAAGGGAGGACGGGAUGGUUUCCUGCCGACUGCGUGGAAGAAGUUCAGAUGAGGCAGUUUGACCCUCGGCUAGAGACUCGAGAGGACCGCACCAAAAGACUGUUCAGACACUACACUGUGGGAUCCUAUGACAACUUCACCUCAUACAGUGAUUACAUCAUAGAGGAGAAGAAUGCCGUCUUACAGAAGAGAGAAAAUGAAGGCUUUGGGUUUGUCCUGCGUGGAGCAAAAGCCGAGACCCCCAUCGAAGAGUUCACGCCGACCCCAGCGUUCCCCGCUUUGCAAUAUCUGGAGUCUGUCGACAUGGAGGGGGUGGCUUGGAAGGCUGGACUGAAGACGGGAGACUUUCUAAUCGAGGUGAACGGCGUGAACGUGGUGAAGGUCGGCCACAAGCAGGUGGUGUCGUUGAUCCGGCAAGGAGGGAACCGGCUGUUGAUGAAGGUGGUCUCUGUCACCCGUAAGCCAGAGUCGGAGGAAGUUGUCCGCAAGAAAGCACCUCCACCCCCCAAAAGAGCCCCCAGCACCACGCUCACGCUGCGCUCCAAGUCCAUGACGGCCGAGCUGGAAGAAUUGGAGCGACUCGACGAGAUGCUGGCGUCGCAGGAGUCCAUGUUGCGUUCUCAGCCUCCGGAGGCAGAUUACAGAGCAGCCACCGUCAAACAGCGCCCCACCAGCAGAAGAAUAACACCAGCAGAGAUCAGUUCACUGUUUGAGCGACAAGGGAUGACGCUACAUGGAGGUUUUCAUCCAGCCAUGGAGAGAGAUCAUAUGGCACUACCUAAGGGUAUGGCCAGGACCAAGUCAUUUGGUGCCACUGAAGAGGCUCGGCUAUCUUCCCUGGAAGAUGAGAACCACUUCCCCCGCAGUUCCUCCAUGACAGACAGCCUCCGAGACCACCCGCAGCCUCAUCCCAUCCCACCUCCCCCACAAACAGCACCUCCUCCGCCUCCCUAUUACCUGGACACGGGACCUCCCCCAGCUUUCUGCCCACCGCCGCCUCCGUCGCGGACUCAGAGUCAGGGUCACGAAUCCGGGGGACACUCCAGCUUUAAGCCCUCCUCCCUGGACCUGCCCUACGAGGCUGCUCACCGGCAGGCCGCGCAGAUGGAGAGACAAAAGAAAGCCCGUUCCAUGAUCAUCCUGCAGGACUCUUCCCAUUUACCCGUGGAGCCUACAGAAAUCUUUCGACCUUCUGCUGCUACUCCACCCGAGCGAAUAAAACGGAAGGGGCGGAUUAUUGACAACCCCUACGCCAAUGUGGGCCAAUUCAGUAUUGGGCUAUACACACCUACCAAGCCUCAGAGGAAAAAGAGCCCCCUGGUGAAGCAAUUACAGGUAGAGGAUGCACAAGAAAAAGGAAAUUUGGUCUUAGCAGCUGCCCACUCCCGGGAGAGCUCACCCUCAGGACAACCCCCCCACGGCCACACGCGCACCAGCCGUGCAGACUACUACCAGCAGCAGCUGAUGGCUGAGCGGGAGCGUUUACGGGCCCAGGGUGAGGCCAUGUUUCAGGGUAAGGGCCCCUUUGCCGCCGCCAUAGCCGGAGCAGUGAAAGACCGGGAACGUCGCCUGGAGGAACGGCGACGAUCUACUGUCUUUCUCUCCGUCGGCACGAUGGAGGGGGCAUCCUCCUCCGGUACGGAGAUCCCCUCUCUGCCUCAGUCUCAUUCCAUCGAUGAGCGGAUACUCACCAGAGAGCUUGGCCAGCUGCCACCUCCUGCCUUGGCCUUGAGCCCCUCACCUAGUGGGACCACCUUUAUCCAUCCACUGACAGGAAAGCCCCUGGACCCCAACUCCCCUCUGGCUCUUGCGCUGGCCGCAAGGGAGAGGGCGCUGACCUCCCAGAGCCAAUCCCCAACUAGCAGCCCAGAGCCAUGGACUAAACAGGAACGGGUGGGGCAGGGCAUAAUAUUCCUUGACACUCAGACCAAAGAGUCCCCUCAUGGAGAGGGGCCACCCACAUCUUCUCCUUUUACAUCUCAAAGCUCCAAGGGAGUAGGGUCUGGCCUUGGAUCCACCCCAGCUGUUUUAGUCCCUCAGCCCACCAAACUCCCUUGGUCACCAUCUAUUGUACCGUUCCACCAGGAGAUGGAGACCAGGAUUGAGGAGAGGAAAGACGACAAGACGCUAGAAGAUAAGAAGAGCAUGUUGAUCAGUAUUAUGGACACGUCGCAGCAGAAAACAGCAGGGUUGAUUAUGGUCCAUGCGACCAGUAAUGGCCAGGCUGGUGGCGAGGGUCCAGAGCUAGAACACACAAGUGUCCCGACAUCCAAAGAGCCGAGCAAGACUUUAAGUCCAAGGACUAAGUCCCCGAGCCCCACAGUCCCUUUGCCCCAACUUCAAAGUCAGCGUGCUGCCAGUCCAGCUCUGGAGAAGGCUCUGGUUCAGGGAAGCUCGGAGGAGGACGCAGAUCCGUACACGGUGACGUUGCCCCCCGCCAUGCUGUCCUCCAGCGACGAGGAAACACGAGAGGAGCUGCGGAAAAUUGGUUUUGUACCACCACCUGAUGAGUUUGCGAACGGGCUACUGGCACAGGCUCAGGCAAAGGGUAUUUUACUCUCCCCAACCAAACCUUCUAUCCCUUCCCCCACUACCCCGCCAACACCCACUCCCCAAACACCCUCAACCCCGAUCACCCCAACUGUAACCCUCACCCAGCCUCAGCCUCCACCCAGCGCUCCUCUCAGUGCGGCAGCUGUCUCAGGAAAACUCUCGGAGCACCCACCAGUGAGCGAGUCCGGCUCUGCAGCAGAUUCGGGUGUGGAGGAGGCUGACACGCGCAGCUCCAGCGAGCGGGAGAGAGACCACCACCUCGAGACCACCAGCACUGUCUCCACAGUUUCCAGCAUGUCCACGCUCUCCUCGGAAAGUGGCGAACCAGCCGACACACACACCACACACACUUCCUAUGCCGACGGGCAGACUUUUGUGCUCGACAAGCCGCCAGUGCCUCCGAAGCCCCGACUCAAGUCCCACAUAGGAGGCAGUAAAGGCCCCGUCACCUUCAGGGACCCUCUGCUGAAGCAGAGUUCUGACAGUGAGCUGCUAUCCCAGCAACAGGCCGCAGCGCUGGCUGCGGUGCUUGCCGGAGGUGCCGGGCUGCCCCCCGGAGGCUCGGCCUCUGUGACCGGACUAGCACCCACAAAGCCGCGCUACCUCUUCCAGCGGCGGUCCAAGCUAUGGGGGGACCCGGUGGAGCCUCGCGGACCAGGGGUGGGGCUCGGUAUUGGGAGUUUGGGUAACCUCGGUGGGCUGGGACUAGGGCUAGGUGCCGAUGAGGGGGCGAAACCCUCUGUAAUGGGGGAGCUCAGUUCGCGACUUCAGCAGCUAAAUAAAGACACACGGUCAUUGGGGGAGGAACCACUUGGAGCAUCACUCGAUCCUGGGAGGAAGUCUCCUGUAGCAGGUGCCAGACUUUUCAGCAGUCUAGGUGAACUCCACACCAUUUCUCAGAGAAGCUAUGGCACCACGUACACCAUCCGCCCCGGCAGCCGCUAUCCCGUCAUGCGACGCACCCCCAGCCCGGGCUCCCCCGACCGGGGCGACCCCCUCGCACGCUUCUCGGGCUACUCGCCGACCACGCCCCCUCCGACCAUCCUCAAAUCAUCCAGCCUCAGCCUACCGCAGGAGCCCAAGGAGGUUCGCUUCGUAAUGCGGAGCUCCAGCGCCCGCUCUCGCUCCCGUUCGUCUUCACCGUCGCCCUCGCACUCGCCUGGUUUGGGCUCGCCGCUGCUGGCGCUCAGACCCUUCCACCAGAAGCCCCUGCACCUUUGGAACAAGUACGAUGUGGGCGACUGGUUGGAGAGCAUCAACCUGGGAGAGCACCGCGCCGGCUUCCAGGAGCACGAGAUCGAGGGCUCCCACCUGCCGGCGCUAACCAAGGACGACUUCGCCGAGCUUGGCGUGACGCGAGUGGGCCACCGCAUGAACAUCGAGCGGGCGCUCAAGCAGCUGCUGGAGAGCUGACCCCAGCCCUGAGACCACACCCACAACGCCGGCUGAGUGGAUGGAAAGGCAACAGCUCCUCUUUAAACGGGGCGGCGCCGAUGUUUGGCGUCAUGUGCCGAAAAGGAGGAGCCAGAAGCUUCAUCCUCCACAUCCCGGAGGAGAUGACGUCUCCAUGUUGUUGGGCUGUACCACACGUUAAGCCUUGUGUCAUUUUCAAUUGGCAAUCAAAAAUCAAAACUGAAAGAGUGACGGAUUUGUUUUUUCAUUUCACACAUAAAAUGCAAAAAAAAUGGUGUUUUAAUUGUUUGCUCAAAUCAAAAAUCUAAAUGAACCAAAAGACUGAAUUUGAUUUGAAUUUAUUUAUUUGUAUUUAAUCAGUCAGGUUUUUAUUGCAAGUGUGGCAAUGCCCUGCCACAAUCAUUACAGAUAACCACAAUCCUUCAACAAGUAAUAAAAUGGAUACACAUUCUGUAAUUAAAGCAAGAUUACUUGCAAAUCAGGAAGAAAAUUUCCCACAAUAUACAGUUGUGACAAAACUAACCAAUUCAGGUUAAGAUAAAAAAAAAAAGUAACAAUUCACUCCUUGGUUUUGCUUAAAUUAUUUCACAUAUUUCUAAUUUCAUCCAAUUUUUGCAGGGUAUUUUUGCUUGAUGGAAUAUGAUUGUGAUCAGGACUGAUUGAAGAAGCGCAACUUAUCUUUACUAAUGCGCUGUACCAAAAAUAUUAUUACAUAAACCUGACCAAUUAAAUAUUCAAAUAAAAUUCUGUCCUGCGGCCCUUUUUCUUUUCUUUUUUGAGUUUCCUGUUUUUGAUCAGAAGUUAAAAUUGAGUAAAGAAAAUUCACACUUUUCUUUCCUAAAUGAGCUGAACAAACAAUCACAGAGUCACCUUUUACUUCUGGGGAUUUCUAAUUGCCAAUUAAAAACAGAAAAAAGGAAUGAUACAUGGAUUGCCCUCCUCCCCUCUCUACCUCUUACCCCACCAUCCACCAGGCCAAGCCUUUUUGUGGUUUUCGAGUAAAGGAGGAACGAGUUCUCGCUCCAAUUAAAAAAAAAAAAGCUCAGUUGCCUUUCAACAAUAUUUGUACAGAGAUCGACGAAAGCGGCGGCGAACACAAUGGACUACCACAACGUGUCUGCUCAAUAUCUGCUGUUGUUUUUGAAGAAAGCCCCAACAGGAGCAGCUUCACAGACCACAGGAGAAGCCUUGCUAUACCCAGACUGUGCUAUCCAUUCCUUUUGAAGAAUGUUUAACCAACACUCGUGGCUUUUUUCAUAAUCAAUUUUUUGGGGGUUUUCCAAAGGGAAUCUUUCAUAUGUACAGUGGUUAUAAAAAGUCUACACACCCCUGAUUGAAUGCCAAGUUGUUCUGAUGUAUAAAAAAAUAAAUAAUAAUCAGACCAAGAUAAAUUCAUUCAAACUUUUCCACCAUUAAUAUGACUUAUAAUCUGUACAACAGAAUUGUUAGAAUAAAUACAGAAGGUACUUACUUUAAGUUACUUUAAGAAGGUAUCCAUAUGUGUGUAACCACAUUAUUUCACAUGUUUAUUUUUACUUCCCUUUUUUUAUAUCUCAAAAAUCCGGCAUUUGAACCGGUGGGUGUAGACUUUUUAUUAUCGGUAUUAUAUAACAAUAUGAAUAUAUUUCUAAUGAUAGCUUUCAAUUUUGGAAAGGAGAAAAUGAAUCUGCACCUGUGUACGGUUUUUAUGAUAGAAAACAAAGAGGAACCUAUUCCGAUAGUUUAACUAAUUUCUUCAAUUUAUACACUAUAUAUUUGAAGGAGGGAAAACGUGUAUUAAUAUGGACAUGAUUUUCUUGUGGGGAGUUGAUCCCUUUAUGUGCACAUUUUCCUCAAACUGUAGCAUGACGAGUAUCGCAUCAUGUCUUUUUGUUUUAUUAUUAAUAUUCUUUUCUUACGGUCUUCCUUCAUACUAAAGGGCAUCCCAAAAUGUGAGGCAAAAAUCCUGCUGUACGAGACAGGAAAUCCAAACAAAAGGCUCUUCUACCUCUCAGCAAUGGAAGGUUGGAGCACUGGGUACAAUAAUUAGCUUCGGUGCUCACAAGGGGAUUGUUAUUACCAGCGUGCUCUUCGUCACCUCUUUGCACCACAAUUGAUUUGAAAUGUAACAUAAUCGAAGCAAUGUCGCUGAAAAGGGUUGACAGGUAUAAAUCAAUUAAGGCACGGCGGCCAUUUUAAGCUGAGUACCGGCGUUUUAAAAAGCUCAAUUGUAUCCGUAUUUGUAAGCGUGUACUGCAUAAACCAACGGGUUUGUGCUAUUUUCUAAAUCAAAGGGACCAAGAAUGCUAUUGAUCGAGGGAUACUCUAUCUCAGGGGUGUCAAACUUGUUUUUUUCGCGGGCCGCAUUGCAGUCAUAGCUUCUUUCGGAGGGCCAUUAGGACUGUCAACCCAAAUAAAUGUAUGAGCACCUCAUAUUAUAUACAGUAGAAGCUACAAAACAAACUGACAAAUAACUCGUUUUCAAAUCAGACGAGUAAAAACUGGUCAAAUAUUAAAAAAAGAAAAAAAGAUUUUAAAAGUGAAGACAAUUUGCAAUUCUAGUAAUGACACACAAAUUUGAUGCACAAUUUGUCUUCGCGGACCACAUAAAAUGAUGUGGUGGGCCGUAUCUGGCCCCCGGGCCUUGAGUUUGACACCUGUGAUAUUGGCAUUAGAACGACAUUAUAGCUGUGCAAGUAAAUUUCAUAUAAGAAAGUUUAUUGACGCUUUUGUGUUUUACACAAUUUUACGUUCAAUAUUCCAUUCCUUGUGAUUUGGAACAGUAGCAAGGCCUAAUGUUCUCGACACGCUCCAGUAAAACUUCCAUCGCUGAGAUGGUCAAUGCCGGCCUUCACACCAGCCCCAUUUUCCAAUCAAAGCUCAAUGAGCCAAACGCAAGACUGCGGGGAUGGGAAUAUCUCUGAAAAGUCUUUAUGAUCAACAUGGCGGACUUGAAGCAUCGCAACUCGUCCAUAUGUAUCGCUGCUGUCCACUUAGUAAGCAGAACACCGUGGCAAACUGUGAAGAGCGACGAGAGCCAGGUUGUCCACAGAGACAAGGUUACAAUCUCGCCAAGGAAAGGCGAGCUCAUUUUUUUUGUGCGCCCACUCGAACAACAUCUAAAAAAGUUUUUUUAUUUUAUUUUUUUUUUUCCUCGAGUCAAAAAAUAAAAAUAAAAUAGCGUUGGUGGGAUGUAAGAGUAGCUAGCGCUCACUGUGACCUCACUCACUCACUUUGAACUGCUUGGUUUUUUUUCAUCUUUUCUCACUGUGGUUAGAUUUUUGUAGUGUGUGGAACAUAAUGAUAGAAAAAAACACGCAAAAGUCAUGCUUAAUUCAUUCUAAACAUACAAUACUUGUAAAAUAUAUUUUAAAAAUCGAAAAAAUGUAUUUUAAAUCAGAAGCAAUGUAUAUAGGAUAGAUUUCUUAUAAAUUUUUGGAAGACAAAAAAUAUCUAUACAUAGGUCUAUAUAGAUAUAUAUACAGUAUAUAAAUAUAUAUAUAUAUAUAUGUGAAUGUUUGGCAUACAGUAUAUGCAUAAUUAACCACCUGUGGAAAAGGUGAGCAGAUUUUAUUCUUUCUAAGAUCUUUUGAAUUAUGAACUUUAGGGGAUGAUUUGCACAAAACAUAAAAGGUGACAAGGUGCUAACAUAGAAGCCACCCAUCAUCCAAGUGCGUGCAGCUGGUCCCCCCCAACCCAACACCUCCCUUGGACCCUCCAAACCGCAACAUUGUGUGUGUGUUUGUAUGAGAGUGUAAAUGUUUGCUUGCUGAUUUACAUCCAUCUUUACAAUGGGUCCACAAGAGCCUUACUGUAUUACCAUCAAAGAUACCUACAAUAUAUGGCUUGGAGACAUUUGCUCAAAAGCACACAUGAUUGAGUGCGCUAUAUGGACAAAAGUACUGGAAUGAGCGGACGAGGGUCUUUAAAUGACUUCGAUUUGAUGCAUUUUGUUUUUUUGUUGCUGCUUAAAAUGCCACAAUUGGCAUAGUUGUUGAGCAUUUUCUCAGUAGCGUUUUGCUUUUUGGCAUCAGUAAUUUGAAAUUUGAAUAUGGGCUGAACUAAAUGUUCUCAGUGACGGUCGUGGAAGCUAUUCAAAUGUGACAAAUGGCACCUCCAGACCGGUGACAGUCCAGAAAACCCAUCCAAACAUCCUAUUAUGAAUUUUGCCUUGAGUUUUGGAACACAAAAAAAAAAUCCCAAAAUUAUCCAAAACAUUACAAGGUGCUUCUUAAGACUUUUGUCCAAAUUGUGUGCCUGUGUGUAUUUGGAACAAACAUCCCCACAGUCAAUUCUGCAUUGCGAACAUAAUUCCCACCUUUUAACUGAUCAAUUUCACUGCUUUGUUGACCACUUUCACUUCCCGUUUGCCCUUUAUGACACCAACGCUUUGAGUUGAUCUGUUAUGGGACAAAUACGAAAAAAAAAUGUGCCAAAAAAAAGCAACUUUAUAGUGCAUAUUUGUCAUUAGAACUCUCCUAGUUGCAGCAUUUUUGGAGCUGUUCAGACUCAAUAAAAUGGUGCCAUCUCCUGAAAAUCUUGAGAAAUGCAUUUGACAUUUGAUAGCUCGCUCACUUCUUGACCACCACACAGGUCAUGCAGUCAAGACUCGACUGCGUCGGUCAUUCACAAUAUGUGCAGAGGCAGGCUUAAAUAAAGUCUGUGUGUGUGUGUGUGUGUGUGUGUGUGUGUGUGUGUGUGUGUGUGUGUGUGUGUGUGUGUGUGUGUGUGUGUGUGUGUGUGUGUGUGUGUGUGUGUGUGUGUGUGUGUGUGACACAAG